AUGUACACGAAUCCACAGUUUUGUCGUCGUUCUCGAUCCGUCGUUUUACGUCUGUAUUAUGGAUGCCAUUCCGGUGACAUUGCAUGCAAACGAUUACCCCAUACGGUGUUCGAUUUGCCAAACCACAUCGUUCGUUUCAAACACGACAACAGUGACACGCGUAAUUUCGAUAAUGUGUUGAAUACGUCUAACAGCCAGUACUUGGAGUAUCUGUACAAGUUAUGGCUGCAGGAUCCGAAAAGUGUGAACAUCUCGUGGGAUUCUUUCUUCAAACUGAUUCAUAAGGAUGUAGCGUUAACAACUACAGCUGUCAAAACAACACCGGUACGAGUCGAAUCGCCCUCUUCUUUGGCGCCGCCGCAUUUGACUCGUCCGCAAGGAGUAGCAUUCCCAUCUCAAAGCUCGAGGAACAAAUCAGACAGCGAAAUGCAGGGUGAAAGUUACAUAAACGGAGCCCUCGAUAUUAACGCGACGAUUCGAGCCUAUCAGACUCGAGGUCAUCUGAUAGCCGAUAUAGAUCCAUUGCGUAUUCAAAAUCCAGAUUCACAUAAACUGAAAGGUACAGCGAAUUUACCACCCGAGAUCGUGGUGCGACAGCAUCUUAAAGGCAUGACCGAGGCUGACAUGGAUAGAGAGUUUCCUCUCGCUCCGUUCACCGUCAUCGGUGGACCUAGACGAAGUCUUACUUUGCGCGAGAUACUGACCAGGUUAAACGAAGUUUAUUGUGGUCAUUUGGGUCUCGAGUACACGUAUAUCCACGAUCUUAAUAUGUUAGAUUGGCUGCGAAAUAGAUUUGAAGUGCCAGGCGCUUGGGACCUACCUGUUGAACACAGAAGGUUCACUUGGCUGAAUAUCAUGAGAGCAGUUACGUUUGAAAGCUUCUUGGCCAAAAAAUAUCCCACCGAAAAGAGGUUCGGUCUGGAGGGUUGCGAAGCUUUCAUACCAGCGAUGGUAGAAUGCUUGGAAACGUCAGCUAUGCAUGAGGUAGAGACUGCCGUGAUAGGAAUGGCGCAUCGUGGACGAUUAAACACCCUAAUCAACGUUUGCUUCAAGCCGUUGCAUCAAUUAUUGACGCAAUUCUAUCCGAUCGCUUUCGAAGGUUUUGGCUCCGGUGAUGUUAAGUAUCAUUUAGGAACUUACGUGGAGCGAAAACUUGAAAGGUCUGACAGAAGAAUGCACGUCUCGUUAAUGGCAAAUCCUUCGCAUCUGGAAGCCAUUGAUCCCGUGGUUGUUGGUCGUGUUCGUGCCGAGCAAGUAGAAAAAAACGAUGCCACGGAUGGUAAGAGGUCCAUAGCAAUUUUGGUUCACGGUGAUGCCGCUUUCUCGGGUCAGGGUAUCGUUUACGAAACGAUGCACUUAACUAAUCUGCCACAAUACACCACUGGCGGUGUCAUCCACGUUGUGAUUAAUAAUCAAAUUGGUUUUACUACGGAUCCAAGGUACUCUCGAUCUAGUGCACAUUGUACAGACGUAGCACGUGUUGUAAAUGCCCCCAUAUUCCACAUACACGGCGACGAUCCGGAUUUGGUGACUUACUGUAGCAAAGUUGCCAGUGAUUACAGGGCACAGUUCCACAACGAUGUUGUAUUAGAUAUCGUCGGAUACCGAAGAUUUGGUCACAAUGAACUGGAUGAACCAAUGCUGACUCAACCAUUGAUGUACAAACGUAUUAAACAGCAUCCAAAUGUACUCACUCUGUAUAGCGAUAAGCUGUUAAAAGAAGGAGUGAUCACCGAAGCGUAUGCCAAAGAAGAGAUAGACAAGUAUCUGGAUUACUGUGAGACAGAAUUCACGGAAGCAAAAAAGGUGGAAUCCAUGCAAUUGACCGAUUGGCACGACGUACCAUGGAGCGAUUUCUUUGCUAAUCAGAGUCCUAAAAAUAAAAUACCGCCAACCGGUAUCGAUUCGAACACCAUACUGGCGAUCUGCAAGGCUAUUUCUACUCCUCCUAGCGACAUCGAAGCUCAUAAUCAAGUGUUGAGGGUAAUGGAUAAAAGAUCUCAGCUUACGGAGUCUCGCAGAGCAGACUGGGGUAUGGGCGAGUGUUUGGCGUUUCUCAGUUUAUUGAAAGAGGGCCAUCAUGUAAGGUUGUCCGGAGAAGACGUCGAACGAGGCACUUUCUCUCAUCGUAUACACAUUAUUCAUGAUCAAAGCAGAGAUAAAACAUACAAGAACAUUUUGCACAAUGUUUUCCCUGGACAAGCUCUGUACACUGUGACGAACUCGUCGUUGUCGGAGUACGGUGUUUGCGGAUUUGAGUUGGGGUAUUCAGCCUACAAUCAUAAUUCUCUGGUAAUUUGGGAAGCCCAAUUCGGCGACUUUGCGAACACUUGUCAGGUUGUCCAUGAUACUUUGUUAUGCUCUGGACAAGUGAAAUGGGGUAGACAAGUAGGACUGGUCCUUUUUUUACCUCACGGAAUGGAAGGACAGGGUCCUGAACACUCGUCCGGGAGACUCGAAAGGUUCCUCAAGCUCUGCGACGACGAUUGCGUUUAUCUUCCUGGAUCAGAACCAGGGGCACCUGGGAAUGAAACUCUCGAGGAAAUCAUGACGAGGCAGUUGUUCGAAAUAAACUGGAUCGUUUGCAAUUUGACUACUCCUGCUAAUCUUUUCCACGCACUUCGCCGCCAGAUUCUUAUGCCUUUUCGAAAACCUCUGGUAAUUAUGACUCCUAAAUCUUUACUACGACAUCCUAUGGCUUUGUCAUCUUUCCAAGAAAUGGAAAGCGGUACCUCGUUCAUGCCCGUCUUAUCAGAUCCGAUGGUGAAACCAGGAAACGUGAAAAAGGUUCUGCUCUGCACUGGAAAAGUGUUCUAUGAUUUGCUGGCGGAACGUCAAGGGAAACAAUUAGAAGAUAAAAUAGCGAUCAUUCGUGUCGAACAACUUUGUCCGUUUCCGUAUCACCUCCUUGCCCAGGAAAUGGCGAAAUACCCUAAUUCUAAAAUCAUGUGGUUGCAGGAAGAGCACAAGAAUCAAGGUCCGUUUAGUUACGUAAGGGACAGGGUAGCAUUAGCACUUGGGAUACGUAUAGAAGAUGUUGUUUAUGGUGGUCGACCACCAUCGGCAUCUCCUGCGACUGGUAGCAAAGUUAUUCAUAAGAAAGAGUACGACGACAUGAUUGCGGUCGCUUUGAAACUGGACUGA